UAAGGGCCAAGAAACCAAGCUUUGGUGGCUGCUAAUUACAAUGUUUACCAACCACGUUUUCUCCAUGCAAGUGUCUCUAAUUAUGUAUAAAUAGUAAUCCAAUAACGUAGCAAAAUUAAUCCACUUUUAUUCAGCCAAAAAAGAAUUAGAAUUUCAAACCUUAGCUUGUAAUAAACAAAUGGCAAGCAAAGUUGUAAUCCUAGCUGCCAUGAUGGCAACCUUGGUGGUAAUGACCCAUGCCACCAUUAUAACCACCGAGGUCGAGGUCGAGGUCGAGAUCGAGGACACUGCCUCAGACCGAAGGAUGAGCACUUCUAGCCAGUGUCGCCGUGAGUUGCGGUCGCAGUGGCCGAACCACUGUGAGCAGUACAUGAUGCAAGGCAUGAGGAGGAGGUCGUACAUGAUAGAUGAAGAUAUUAAUCAAGGGAAGCAGAGCAGACAAUACUUUGACAAGUGUUGUGAUGACUUAAGGAUGAUGCAACCACAAUGCCAAUGUGAGGCCAUGAAGAUGAUGAUGCAAGAUAUGGAGAUGAAGCAACAAGGACAUAUGAUGAUGGACAAAGCCAUGAAGAUUCCUAUGAUGUGCGGCACCAUGCAACGCCAGUGCCCUAUGUCUUACAUCUAG